AUGCAUUCUGCUAAUGAUCAAGUCUCAGUGAAGUCAGAGAUCCUUAUCCUUGUCUCAAACAAAAACGUCAAGAUGAAGCUAGGAUACACAAAGAUACUGCACCAGAGGAUAGACGAAAAGAUGCCAGGAGAGCGUCUGACGGUCAGGAGCACAGCGGACGUGGGGCGGUUCCCAGGGGCAGCGCCCCCGACCCGCGUGGAACUGUCCAUCCACAAAGAUGAGAAGAAGCCAGAGGAAGGAGGCUGUCGGCGCUGGUUCAAGAAGAUGUGUCCAUGUUGUUUCAAAAGGCAGGCCAGCACUUCACAUGACGUCACAGAUAAAGUGGAGCUGGUCAAACCCCCCACUUGUGCCCCUUUGCCCGUACCAGACGCACUCAAAUCUGAAAAAGACGAAAUGAAGGAAAUGGAAGAGUUGAAGGUGUCUGUGUGCUCUGUGGACCUGCUGAGCUCUAAAACCGGCCAGAACAGGACAGAGCACCACACGGACGAGUUCUAUGGAGACGAGCUGAUCAUCCGCAGAGGCCAGACUUUCCAGAUACAAGUGGAGCUCAACCGGCCUUUCAGCGCAGACACAGACAAGCUACACCUCGAGCUCAAAACAGGGGGGCUGCCGCUGGUGUCUAAAGGCACUCAUGUCAUCGUCCCCUUGGUGAAGCACCUGGAGGACGAGCGCUGGGAGGCCAAAGUCGUGGAGCAGGCCGAUAACACCAUCAAGCUGUCGGUCAACUCUCCGGCCACUGCUGUGGUGGGUCUGUAUGGGCUCUCUGUGGUCACCGGCUCACUGAAGGGAGAACCCACCUCCUACAACUCACCCAAGAAUAUUGUGAUGCUGUUCAACCCAUGGUGUGAAGAGGACACAGUGUUCCUGGAUGAUGAGGAUGAAAGGAAGGAAUAUGUACUCAAUGAUAUUGGAAGGAUAUACUAUGGCACAGAGAAACAAAUCGGCGCUCGCACUUGGAAUUUCGGGCAGUUUCACGAGGGGAUGCUUGAAGCCUGCCUGUUCAUUCUGGAGAAAAGUGACAUGCCUCCAUCUGGUCGCGGUGAUGCGGUCAAUGUGGUCCGAGUUAUCUCUGCCAUGAUUAAUGCCCAGGAUGACCAUGGUGUGUUGGUGGGGAACUGGUCAGGGGAUUAUUCGGACGGUGUGUCUCCUAGCGCUUGGAGCAGCAGUGUGGAGAUCCUGAGAAAAUACCACUCCUCCUAUGGCACGCCUGUGUGUUAUGGACAAUGCUGGGUCUUUUCGGGGAUCACUACAACAGUUUUGCGUUGCCUUGGUAUACCUGCUCGCAGUGUGACAAACUUCCAGUCCGCUCAUGACACAGAUGUGUCACUCACCACAGACGUCUAUUUUGAUGAAGAUCUUGAGCCAAUCGACUACCUCAACAAAGACUCUGUUUGGAACUUCCAUGUGUGGAACGACUGCUGGAUGGCCAGACCAGACCUGCCGCCAGGGCACGGAGGCUGGCAGGCUGUGGACUCUACUCCUCAGGAGACCAGUCAGGGCACCUUUCGCUGUGGUCCAGCCUCUGUCAACGCGAUUCGCACGGGACAAGUCUACCUCAAGCAUGACACACCUUUUGUAUUUGCGGAGGUCAACAGUGACAAGAUCUACUGGCAGAGAAACUUAGAUGGGACAUUCAGUCAAAUCUUCAGUGAGAAGAAAGCAGUGGGUCACUUUAUCAGCACUAAAGCUGUGGAUUCUGACGAGCGUGCAGACAUCACACACCUGUACAAACACCAAGAAGGUUCAGAAGAGGAGCGCAUUGCAGUGGAGACAGCCAGCCGCUAUGGCAGUAAGCCAGAUGCAUACUCUACUCCUAGUGCUGAGGAUGUGACUGUGGAGGUCAAGAUGGACGGGGAAGGACCCCAGAUGGGAGCGGAUGCACAGCUCAGCAUUGUAAUAAAGAACACAAGCUCAGAACCACGUCAGACCACUCUCCACAGCCAGGUGGCGGUCAUGUACUACACUGGUGUGCUCAAGGGGACCCUAAAGAAGGAGCAGGUGCCAGUGGAACUUCAGCCCAAUGAAGAGAAAAUUAUUGACUGGGUGCUCCCAUACCAGCAGUACCAGAACCAGUUGGUGGACCAGGCAGCCCUGAUGCUGACCCUCUCUGGUCGAGUCAAUGAAACCCAGCAGGUGUUAGCUAAUCAGACCACGUUCAGGCUUCGGACUCCAGAUCUGACAAUCAAGCCAGUGGGCGCUGCUGUGGUUGGUAAGGAGAUGGCGGCCAAAAUUGAAUUUACCAACCCACUGCCACGGACGCUGAAGGAUGUUGUGUUCAGAGUGGAGGGCCUGGGUCUGCAGAAGGGCCAUGUGGUUGUUGUGGGGGAUGUAGGAGGCCUUGCUACAGUGACACUGACGGAGCACUUCAUCCCCACGCAGCCCGGACCCAGAAAGCUGGUGGCGUCUCUGGAUUGCAAACAGCUCACUCAGGUCCAUGGAGUGGUUGAUAUUGUUGUCCAUGAGCAAUAA